CUGGCCAUCAGCCUACAAAGACAUGACCACCAAUGCCAGCUCCUUGCACCCAUAUUGGCCUCGGCACCUGAGGCUGGACAACUUUGUGCCUAACGACUGCCCCACUUGGCAUCUCCUGGCCAGCCUCUUCUCUGUCUCUGGGGUCUUGGUUGCGACCACAUGGCUGUUGUCAGGUAGUGCUGUGGUCAUGCCCCUGGGGACUUGGCGGCGACUGUCCCUGUGCUGGUUUGCAGUGUGUGGGUUCAUUCACAUGGUGAUUGAGGGCUGGUUCAGCCUUUAUCACGAAGACCUUCUUGGAGACCAAGCUUUCUUGUUCCAACUCUGGAAAGAGUAUGCCAAGGGAGACAGCCGAUACAUCCUGAGUGACAACUUUACGAUAUGCAUGGAGGCCAUCACAGCUUGCCUUUGGGGACCACUCAGUCGGUGGGUGGUGAUUGCCUUUCUCCGCCAGCAGCCCCUGAGCUUCCUCUUACAACUUGUGGUCUCUGUGGGUCACUAUGGGGAUGUGCUCUAUUUCCUAACAGAGCACUGGGUUGGAUUCCAGCAUGGGGAGCUGGGCCACCAGCUCUACUUCUGGUUUUACUUUGUCUUCACAAACGGCUUGUGGCUGGUGCUGCCUGGAAUCCUUGUGCUAGAUUCUGUAAAGCAGCUUGCUCAUGCCCAGAGUGUGCUGGAUGCAAAAGGCACAAAAGCCAAGAGCAAGUAG